AAAAACAUCCAAAAGCAGAUAACUGAGAUUUACUUCCCUGAAGAUCAUGAUCCUAUCAAAGAAAGGAGGUAAGUACAACUGCUUUUCAGUAAUUCUUUACUCCACUUUAAUAGGGUCUUCAUCUAGAUGGUACACCUGGGAGGGCCCAGGAGGAGCCAACCAUGGGAUGGGACCCAACCCUCGGGAGGACCUCACAGCUGGAACUCCCAGCAAUGCCUCGGUUGAUCCUUAAAUAAAACAUUCUAUCCAGUAAAGGGCUUUCAUGAAGAAAUUAAAGAGAGAAAUUACAAGUAAGAGAGAAACCAAGAAUUGUACACCGUAGAAACCACCUAAAACAACUGUAUGGAGUAAGACAAAAGGAGUGAAUACAUCUGGAAGAAAUUUUACUUAGUAUAUUUUUGCCCACCUUUUUGUCAUAAAGACUGCUAAGGAAGAGAGAAUAUAAUUUUCUAGAGAAAGAACGAGUGUGAUAUAAAAAUGGAAACCAUGGUUUCCGAAAUUCAAGUUGAAAGCAAGGAUGAGAAGAGACCCACAGAAGUUAGUCCUCAAGAUGAGAGGCAGGAGGAAAGAGCAUCAAUGCUUUGCUUCAAGAGAAGAAAGAAAGUAAGCAAAGCAGUGAAGCCCAAAGCUAGCUCUGAGGCUGCUGGCACAGCAAGAAAGUGUCCCCCAGAAGCAGGAGCUUCCGAGCAGCCACGGCCCCCAGGGGGGGCCUGGGCCUCAAUCAAACGUCUUGUAACACGCAGGAAAAGGUCAGAAUCUUCAAAGCAGCAAAAGCCCUUUGAGGCCAAAGUGCAACCUGAAAUCAGUGCUGAGGAUGCUGAUCUUCCUAAGAAAAAGGCAAAAUCCGGGCUUAAGAUUCCCUUCAUAAAAUUCUCAAAAGGAGAGAAACGAAGUAAUCAUUCCAAAAUUAUAGAAGACUCAGACUGCAGCCUCAGAGUCCAGGGAGAGGCUGAACAUUUGGAUACAAAAGCUCCAGCCCAAUCAGAUGACCAGGCAAUAAAGACCAAGUUGCCCCAGGAUAUAAGUAAAGAUGUCUCACGGAAAGGGGGUGACGAGGUCUGUGAACCAAAUGUGAGCAACAGCACAACUACAGCUGGAGAAAAAAUGGUUUCAGUAGAACUUGGGUUAGAUACGGGGCAUUCUGCCAUUCAUCCAGGAGCACUAAUCCUUGAAAGAGAUACCGAAACGACGGAGGAAAAACAAAGUGUCCGACCCCAGCAAGCAAGCCCACUUGAAACUUCAGAAACAGAACAUCAGCCACCAGUGGUUUCUGAUGUUCCUCCCUCACCUGCAAUCCCAGAUCAGCAAAUUGUGGAAGAAGCCAGAAGCAAUAUCCUAGAAAGUGGACCAAACCGGGGAGAGCAUGAAAGUAGAGAGAUUAUAGCUGAAGAGAGUGAGCAGAAAGACACUAAAUUGAGCCAGGAAUCAGAGCUGAGAGAAAAUGAGGUCACUGCAGAGAAACCCAAACCAGAGGAAAGCAAAAGAAUGGAGCCAAUUGCUAUUAUUAUUACAGACACUGAAAUCAGUGAAUUUGAUGUUAAGAAAUCUAAAAAUGUCCCUAAGCAAUUCUUAAUUUCAAUUGAAAAUGAGCAAGUAGGGGUUUUUGCUAAUGAUAGUGGUUUUGAGGGUAGAACUUCAGAACAAUACGAAACACUCUUAAUAGAAACAGCUUCUUCUCUUGUCAAGAAUGCUAUCCAAUUGUCUAUAGAACAGCUGGUUAAUGAAAUGGCCUCUGAUGAUAAUAAAAUGAACAAUCUUCUACAGUGACUUAAUUUCCAGAUCAUGGAAAGGAAAAAAAAAAAGCUUCAUGUUAAAUUAUGUUGCAUAUUUGUGGCAUUUCUUAUUCAGUUACAAAUGAGAGGUUUAUCAUCCGUGGAAUUUACAGGUACAGUUCCAGCCCAGAAGUGCUAAAGAAUUUAGUUUAUAAAACUCUCCUACCAUUGAAAUGCAGUCACUUCUGGAUUUUGGAGGAAGUUAGUGCAGAUCACAACGCAAGUGACAUACAGGGAAUUGCUAAAAUGACAUGUGGAAGUUGGGGUGCUUGGGGGGAGGCUGUAUUUAUUGAGCACUUAUGGUAUGCCAGAAACUCUUUAAUAUUCUCUGAUGUCACAAAGCCUGGUUUCCUUUUGAUAGUUCAAUCCUGUGUAUAGGUUAACACCACAUUCGAUUUUCACAAAAAAAUUUUUUACAGUGCACUUUUAUGUUUAAAAUGGUGAAUAAGGUGAGCUGUUUUUGUGAAUGUGUGAUUUACAGUUGUUACACUCAUAGGCAGUAGUCUUACCUCAAAAAAAUAUUGCCUUUUCCUAAUUUCAGCAGAAUGUGCAUAUUUGAAUUAAACCUGAGUGUUUUUCUCGUCUUGCUUAAAUACCAUACAGAAGCCAUUCACAAUUUCUUUCAAAUAGCAAAUAAUUACCAAGUGCAAGGGUGUGGAAAUAGGCAGUGCAUUUUCCCUGUCCAUCUUUUUUCUGCCUCAAACAGACCUGUCUAAACCCAUUUCUGCAUGGGGUCAUCUGCUGAAAAGUGAGAAACAAAACCCAAAAAACUAAACAACAGCAACAACAAAAACAAGAAGAGUGAAAUACUGUUUUCCAUCGGGGAGAAGGCAAACUGCCCAAGUAACAAAUGAUCACAGAUAACGUAGGAUUCAUCUUGCAGGAUUGUGCCUCUAGAGACCACAUUCAUCCACCUCUCUCCAAAGAGGGAAUUCACAGCCAGCUUGGCAGUAAAAGUCCCAGGAAAUCAUAAUAACUUAGUGAACAUAUUAUUCACUUUUGAUCAAGAAUGAGCCAAGUUCAUGGUUGAAUAGAAAGUGAAAAGUUAUUGCUAAAGUACAUUGUAUUUUAAAUGUCAGUAUUCUCUCAUUGUGCCUGUGUGUCAAGAGACACUAGUAACAAACGUUUUACAUGGAUUUUGAAAAUUAACUUUUUCAUCAGUAUGUUCAAUCCAGCUAAUCCCUUACCAAAAAAAAAAAAAAAGAACUUAAUGUAAUGAGAAGGGCUUAUUUGCAUUUUAUCUGGUUAUUUAAAUCAUCGAUCUCAUCAAUGAUUGCCAUAUUUUUUGAAAAAGUAACUCCAUUUCAAUCUUUCCUUGUGUGAAAUGGCCAUAAUACUACAACACACUUCCCUACCUCACAGGUAAAGUUCCAAAUUGUAUGUCCCCACUGACUAAACGGAGGGACAGCGUUACUCUGACAGUAGAUGAAGUAAGUAUAAAGAGCUUUCCACUCGAGUUGCAAAGUAUUUGUUAAAGAGGAUUUGUACAUUCUUGGAGAAAAGAGUGUACUUUAGAUGAGUGUAAAUGAUCUGGUGACUUCUUGCAUUAUUUAUGGCUUACGUAGAGAAAGUGUGUGCUAAUUUGUCCUAUAGACCCUUCUUUGUUUCUUUCUGUGAGUACAUCUUGAGACCUCUGGCAGAAAAACCUAAUCUGACUUUGGAACUGAACCAAAUAAUGGAUAUUAUUAGCAAGAUUCUUUGCUGAAGUGCAAAAUUAUUCCCCCAGACUUUCUUACCUUCAUGCCUGUAAUCUUGAGAAACCCACAAAAAUCCUUCAAUUUAGCAACACAAAAGUGGAUUUUCAAAACAUAUGACCCAAGAAAUGAAUUUCUUUUAGUUGUACAAUUUUUAAACAUUAAAAAAAGACUGCUAAGUCAUUCUCCCUAAAAAUACUCUUUUUAAUUCACUAUAUGUGGUGCUAAUGGACUUGGAUGGCUACCAGCAAAUAUCAUAUCAUAUUUAGAAGUAAACAAUUUUUAAAAAUCUGAUCAAAGUUGGUGCAUUUUACAGUGUUUUAAGGAAUCCUGUCUUCAUUUAUUUCAAGAAUAGCUCAAGCCAAUAUACUUGCAUUAAGUUUUUUAGUAAUCUCUAAUGAAUGAACACAAAGUAUAACACUUACAAGUGAUUGAAAAUAUUUUGGAAGGCUUAGGCAUAUUUGGGAGUUUUAAAAACAGAUAUGAGGUAAAUGCGUGUAACUAAUUAUUUUUGUUAAGAAAAUAACACUUUCUCUAGUCCUGGGUUUCUACUUUUUUUUUUUUCCUACUAUGGUUUGAUAUAUAUUUUUGGUUAGAAUGUAUUAUAAUUGAUUGUUUUUGUGAUAAGAUGUGUACUCCACCUGCAUUCAUUCUUAAGUGGUUCCUCCUUAAUCUUUUCUAUUGAGAAUAUCUGGUGAAUUAAAUAAAUAGGGUUCCAGUCUGAAAAAUGAAUCCAGAAAUUAAUUGGUCUCAAUCUGAGUAUACCUGCCACAUGGCCAAAUCCUAUUAAAAUGAAUUCUAAGAUGAUCCAAAUUGUUUUGUUAUAGAAAUAAGCAGGGAUCAUAUAACUUGGAAGUCCCUUAUAAAAUAUAUUUCAUUUUAAUAGUAUUUAUUUUAAGCAAUUGGACCUUAUAUGCAAGACAUUAAAUGUAUAUAAAUAGGUCCCUAUUCAGUUCAUACCUACAUUAGACAUGAUUAAAAUGAUCAUUUAAAAGACAAUUUAAUAAUAGCACAUUAAUUUACAUUUACAUUUGCUGUGAUAAAUGCUGCUUUUAAUGAACACUUUAUUAAUUAGCUGGGAUUCAGUUUCCCUUUGAACUCAGAAUUUUACAAGGUGGGUUGGUUUAUUGGAUACUUGUUAAUUUUUUCAGCAUAUUAUCUUCUCCCUUUUAAGAGUCAAGUAUUAUUCACUUUGCUUUACAACCCAGUGAAUAUGAAAACCCUCUUCUAUUUUAUGUAGCACUAUUCACUUAACAUUUUCUCAAAGUACUUUAUAGGAUAUAAAAAUAGUGCUGGGUAACAUUUAAGUAAAGAUAGCAGAAAACAAAAGAACUUUCAAACAGAAAUUAUGUUCCCUGACACCACCUCCACCUGGAAGAAUAAUAAGCAUGUGGCACAAAUGGGAUUCUUCAGAAAAGCUGUCUGCAUAAUUUUCUUUCAAGGUAAUGCAUUUGACAGCACGAAGUUUGUGACGAUCUUAAUUGGUCUACUAUUUAGUGGAAUCUAAGAAACUCUCUGAUUUAUUUCUGAGAGAUAAUCUUAUUUCACCAGUGUCUAUGAAAAGCCAUACUGCUAAUGAUCAAGUUAGAGAUGUGGGUCAUGGGAGGGCACCAGCGAAAUCUGGCUUCUGCAUGCAGAAGUUAACUCUGGAGAGUUAACUUCAUCAAUGUGCUCUGCUGAUUGGGGGUUGGACAGACUUUACAAUGACAAGUUGCCUUAUUUUUUAUAGUUAAAGAGUUAAUUUGCAGGGGGUUGGGGGGGUGGAGCAGAAUUUUUAAAAUAAUUGUUAGGCUUUAGAAUCCCAUUGUUUGGAAAGGUCCUUUUAAUGUUAACUUUAUUCAGAUGUGUAAAGUCUUCUAAUUUCAUCUGAUACUCAGUACAUCAGGGGUUGACUUUUCUGCCUGCCAUUUCUAUGUUUUUUAAAAGUCCUUGCUUAUGGUUUCAGGUUCUUUAGGUUCAAAUUCCUGUGAUGUUUUACUGUGUAACAUAAAGUUUCUUAUUAUACAGAAUUCAAAAUUUCAGACAAUAGUACAUUUUGUGGUACAUUUUUGAAAAAAAGUUCUUGUAAUCCUUAUUUAGUUACAAAAAUUAAACAGAAGGAAGCUACAUAAAAUUUAGAUGUCCUGAUUAAAUUCAGUUUGGUUCAACAUGUGUUGGAUAUAACAUAUGCCCAACACUGUAAAGGAGACAGGCUCCCAGCCCUCCAAGAGCUCAAGCUAGGGAACAGCAACCAGAGGAACUGGGACAGGGAUUAAGGCAACGAGCCACAGGCAAGGAACAUCGUGAGUGCCCUAGACGGGAGAAUAAAGAGCACGUGGUUCAUUUGUCCAGUGGGGGGGGGGGGUGGUCAUCUAAAUACAGGGACAGUUUGAAAGCAUUCCAUUUCUAAAUAUUUAAACAGUUAUAUUCAUUAUGAUUUGUGAACAGGUGCAGAAAAAAAGCCUGCAUAAUGUUACAUAUUUAUAGUAGUUCUUUAUCUGUAAAAAUGUUAAGUGGAUGAGCUAUUAUGAAAGUAAAAAUUCCAUAUUGUAAUUUCUCAUUAAAAUCAGUACUAUAGGACUGUGGAUCAGAUGCUAAUAUUUAAGAAAUACUCUGUAGAAAAAGGUUUCAACCUGAAUUGAUAUAUGUAUGACUCUUAAUAUAGAAUAAAUGUUAUAGUGGCUCAUGUUUAUUUUAUUUACGUCUUAGUAUAUUAUGUUUAUUUCCUAAAAGUAUAAAGAUCACACUGAUGGAACUGUUGAGUUAGCACUACCAAGAGUUGUGCUCUGCUGAUUGGGGGUUGGACAGACUUUACAAUGACAAGCCUAAAAGAGCCCACCUCCAGCAGAGAGAAACACAAACACCUCGAACUUGAACUCAAUUCCAGUGAACUAUCUAUUCAUCUAAAUGGCAUAUCUGACUUUGAUGCCAUCUAUAAAUCUGACGAAAUUGUACUUGUUUUCAUCAUCUCUUGCUAUAUUCAUUAGUUGCCAUUUCUACAUUAUAUUAACCUAUGAAUUGUUAGUAAUCUUCAUGACUUUCCAAAUAAGCAAUCUUGGUAUGAAAAUGCUUAAAUUAUUCAGAUGUUGCCUGCUAAAGCUGGGUGUUUCAAAAGCUUUGUUUAUGAAGACACUGAUUUUAUUCCCCUAACAUUAACAACCCUGUUUUUCCUAAAGCACAGAGCAAUGGUAAUAAUUAGACUCUAUGAAAGAAUGUACUUUCCAAAUCUCGGGACCAAUUUAAAGUUGAUAGUGUCUGGGGUGCUUGU